AAGGGAAUUAGAAAAACUAAAACCAUGAUGUGUAGCACUGUCUGAAGAGCAUAGGGACCAGGGGAGAAGAGCUGGGAGAGCUCUGAAGAGUAUAGGGACCAGGUAGAGGAGCUGGGGCAGCUCUGUCUGACGAGUGUAGUGACCAGGAGAGAGGGGAGCUGGAGGACAACAGUUCUGAGGGAAAGCUGCCAGUCUUCACUGCCACCAAGAUGAGGAAGGCAGUCUGGAGGAACAACUGAUGUAUAUCUCACAUUCUUUUAAACAGAAAACCUGAAGGCAAGCCAAAGUCUGGACUUGAGCAACCACCACCGGCUAUUACAAGACUUUGAAUCAUUCAAACAGAAAAUCUCGAGAGCGAACUUGGACUGGAGUCUGGGUGCGUAGGGAAUGGGGUUUCAUGACGAGAGGGUCCUGGUGAAGCCCCCCGAUGGUGGCUGGGGCUGGAUGGUGCUGCUCAGCUGCUUCGUCAUCACUGGGUUCUCCUACGCCUUCCCCAAGGCCGUCAGCGUCUACUUCAAGGAGCUGAUGAAAGACUUCCAAGUGGGCUACAGCGACACUGCCUGGAUCUCCUCCAUCAUGCUGGCGAUGCUCUACGGGACGGGUCCAGUCUCCAGUAUACUGGUGAACAAGUUUGGCUGUCGUCCUGUCAUGCUGAUUGGAGGUUUGCUGGCUUCAGCAGGGAUGGUCCUCGCCUCUUUCACCACGAACAUACUAGAACUCUACCUGACUGCUGGAGUGGUGACUGGUCUGGGUCUAGCCCUAAACUUCCAGCCCUCUCUGAUCAUGCUGGGCAGCUACUUCGACAAGCGCCGUCCCCUGGCCAAUGGCCUCGCUGCUGCCGGGAGCCCGGUCUUUCUCUCGGCCCUGUCUCCUCUGGGUCAGGUCUUGCAAGACCGGUUUGGCUGGAGGGGGGGCUUCCUCAUUAUGGGGGGGCUGCUGCUGAACUGCUGCACCUGCGGGGCCAUAAUGAGACCUCUGGAGUCCAGGAGACGGGUUCUGGCUUCGGGCACAUCCAGGGAUCCCCGGGAGCUGAGGGAGAUGCUGCCCAUGAAAGAGGGGGGAACGGCAGAGGAAGAGAGGGUUGGAAAGAACAAGGUCAAGAAGCAGAAGAAGAAGCUCUUGGAUUUCAGCGUCUUCCGUGACCGAGCGUUUGUGAUAUACACUGUAACAAAAUUUAUCACCGUCUUAGGACUGUUCGUACCCACAAUCCUCUUGGUGAACUACGCCAAGGAUAUGGGAGUCCCCGACCGCGAGGCUGCCUUCCUGUUGUCCAUCAUCGGGUUCAUUGAUAUCUUCGCCCGGCCCACCUGCGGGGUCAUUGCUGGCCUGAAGUGGGUCAGACCCAAGGUUGCCUACUUCUUCAGUUUUGCUCUGCUCUUUAACGGGCUCACUGAUGUUUGUUCGGCCAAGGCGUCGAGCUACACAGGGCUGGUGGUGUUCUGCAUGUUCUUCGGGGUCUCGUAUGGCAUGGUUGGGGCCCUGCAGUUCGAGGUCCUCAUGGGGAUCGUCGGGUCUCAGAAGUUCUCCAGCGCUCUGGGUCUGGUGCUCCUGAUAGAGGCGUUUGCGGUGCUGAUUGGGCCUCCCUCUGCAGGAUGCCUGGUAGACGCCUUUAAGAACUACGAGCUGAUUUUCUACAUGGCCGGCUCGGAGUUGAUAGCUGCCGCUGUCUUCCUGUGCGUGGCUUCCUUUUGCUGCAUUAGUCGGGAUGAGCGCACCGCAGAUCCGCCUCCAAGGGUGGGAUCAGAUGGUGAGGCACCGUACCCAUUGGGUGACUCUUCAAAUCCUCGCCCUGCCAAUAGCGAUGCUCAGAUGAUGGAUGAGGGCGAGGUUUUGCAGGAAGAGGAAAUGCGGCUGAAUCUCGAUCACAAAGUGGAGAGGGAGAGUUUUUAGAAAAACAAAGUGGUCUUGCACUGUUCAGUCAUUUUGAACAUGAAUUAGAAAUCAAAUAUGAUUAUAAUUGUGAGAGAGAGCAGAAAAGUGGCAUAUGCUUCAUUGAUAUUGUUUUAGGAAUUUAAGAUUCGUUUUUAGAAAUAUGUCCUUGUGUUGUUUAACACUUUAGGCUAGGUGCUUUUAAUGUUAGCCUUAGGGGAAAAUUUCGGGUGGUGGUAUCUGGGCAGCUUAAUAAAUUAACGUCGAUCAUCAUUAACCUCCUAUUUAAACCCCAAUCUCACACUCCUCCUCUGUCUAGUGUUUUGCUUUCUUGCAUACACUGCGACCUGUUCUCUGCGCAAAAUUUCAAACUCUUAAUUUUCAGCAUGAACCAACUCCAAUUUAGAUCAGGAAAACUCUGCUGGAUUCUCCUCAACAAUAUCUCAUUUAUUACUCCGAUGGAAACUCAGUACCGUCUACUUCUAAUGCAGACUUCUCCCAGCAACCAGACCCGCUGUCCCAGCAUUAUGGAGAUGAAAACACCCCAUCAGCAGGCACAGCCUUCAGAGCAGCUAUUUUAUAAGGAUUGGCUACUCGCCUAACUUUUAAAAACCAUGCACGACAACAAUAUCAAAUUCCUGUCUGGAAGCGCUAGUAUGGCAUUGUUCAAUAUUUAUUGUACCUUUUAUAUCUGCUACACCAUGCUGCCUGUUUCUCAAGCACAUUCUACCUCCCUCUGUCAAAAUCCAAUCAUGAUACAGCAUCAGAGCAUUUAGGAUAAACAUUCCAACCACGAGGGCUAUUAAUCACAAUAAUCAAAUAUUCUACCCUGAAUCACUUUCUAAAGUUAGCGGUUUAUUCUAAUCAUAACCUCUAGAUGGCAGUAUAACACCACAAGUUCUAUACAUUUUAGCGGGUCCUCUAUCAUUGAGAAAGUCAUGUAUUUUCAAAUCAGGAUCGGUUUCAGAGUUAAUAUUUCAUUCGAUGUGAGACACGUGACGGAUAUGGAAACCAUGUCUUACUAUUAUCAACGUUUCUGUCAUGGCGCCCUCCUACCCUGCAAUGGACAAUACACUGAUAGACUGCUCCUGAUCAAAUCAAUAGGUUUCACAGCAGCCUCAGAGCAAUGCAUUCUUCAACCUCAGGUUAUGCAGUGUUCUCAGAUCUUUGCAUUCUUUAUUUCUGCCCGAAGCCAGCCCCAUCUUCGGCUCCAUCUAAACUGCUUUAACACUCAAAGACCAAUAUCCACAUUCAGCAGAUCUCUGCGCUCUACAGCAGGCCACUGCACACUACCGAAUGGCAGUCCACCAUUCACUAGUACAGAUAACUGCUUCAGCAGAUCUCUGCUUUCUACAGCUGGGCCACUGCAUGCUACUGACAGCACUCAGCUCCUCACUACAGCAGAUCUCGACUUCCUCUUGCAGCACGCAAAAGUUACUUUAGUUUACAGCUUAAAUCUACAACUGUCCUCCUCCAGCGCUCCAGCUUACCUCCAAUACUCGGAUCAUGGCAGCCAUUUCCACUUGACUUCCUCAGCAAUCUAGUCAUAUGUCCGCUCAUCCUUCCAAAUACUACAAACAUUAAUACAUGGUGAGAGGCAUGGUACGAGACUGGAAAUCUGUCGAUUAUGUGUUAAGGAGUUCCACUAUUAGGAGAAUGACUGGAGCUAUGAAACCCAAAUCUCUGAAAUGUGAGUUCACCUUUUCCAUUCCAAGCAGACAUGAUGGUAGCAAACCACUGAUCAAUCCCAAAUUAACUAACACAUAGGAUGGUCUCGCCACUUUUGUCUCCAGAACCAGCUUUCUCCCCAAUCAUUUCCGAUCGAGCAGGUACUUCCGCAGCCAGAGCCAACAUCGAUAUCCGUCCGGUCAUGAAGCGUGGGGCGCUGGUCCUCUGCAGCAGUUGAUUCAUACAUCCGUUCAUCCCCUACCGACAUAGCAAAAUCCACCAGCUAGCAUGCCCGGAGUGGGGGCUACCUGACCGCAAAGGCUGCCAGAUGUUUUCCCCUCUAGAAAGGGUUUUUUUCCUCUCGACUGAGCGGCAGGUAAUCACAUAACCAUACCACACUAACACUAUUUCAACCUCUCCAGUUUGUCUCGUAUGUCCCAUCCUGUCCCAUCUUUUCCAGCUGUUUCUUUUCUGUUAUGCACUGGCGCAACUCUAUUGUUUGUCUCACGGUGAGCGUCUCUGCGGGGGAGCCGGGGGUCAUUCCUUUGGGAGGGUAAGUGCAGAUUCACUCCCCCGACCUCAUGCCGCUAUAAUACCUUGACCUCGCUCUACGGGGGUUCUCACCGAGUGAGUCAGAGGGGACCCCCCGGCCACACUAUUCUUUCACAGCUCAUGCGCUUUUUCUACCGCGUCAUGUGAGGCGCGGUCCUUCAUUCGCUAGGGACAUGGCCCGCUUUAAGCUCUCAGUGCCCAGUCACAGACUAACCCAUCUUUCUGCCCCAGAUUCCUUGCGGGAGCUUUGGAGGACCGAGCCUCACCUCAUGCAAGGGCAGCACCAGACCAGUAAAGGAAUGCUUUUCUAUUCUCCUUUUCAGAUCCUCAGGAACGCUACCUUCGACCAAGCUCCAUCCUCGGCAAAAGGAGAGCUCAGCAGUCGGGAUCUCUUUCUAUCUUAAUUUAAGUGGGGUCCUAUCUAAGCCUCUAUCCUUGGCCCCCGUCUUACUAACAGCUCAUUUGUUUCCUCUGCUCUAUCCUUACAGCCCAGCGGACUCCCCGUGAAUUGGGCUACUUGUCUCCCCCUGCCCACUUCAACCUUUACCCCUUCCUUUAUCCCUCACUCCCAUUUCCUUCCUCACUCCCCCUCAGCACACAGGGUAGUGAUCAGUCCAAUUUGUUCAGGUCAUUUAAAUGUGUUCGCUGGAUCUUCUGCUGAGUAUGCAGGAAUUGGAACUCAUUUGAGUUCUCUGGGAUUUUCUAGUCCCUAAGUUAGUCUGCUUGCUUUAAGCACCCUGUAUUUUAUUGAUAAAACGUGUUACAAAUGACGGCAAGAUGUAGGAUGCAAUUAUAGUGAUCUUUAAUGUAUAAAAAAAUGAUGGUUUGAUAUGGACUGAUAGUAACAGUACUGUUAAUAUGACUUAGGUAUGUAAUUUACCUUUUUUAAUUUUAAGUCUUGGCCAUACAAUAGAUUUAUAUAACAAGUUAGUUUACCUUUUUAAAUGUAGUUUCUUGGGAACAUCUGUAAAGAGGUACUUUUAUACAACCUGUAUUUUCAAAAUAUUUGUAUUUGCAUUGUAUUACCUGUUUAAUGCAUAAUUUCCUGUUGCUGUUUAUUCUGAGAUUGCUAAAUUAUGUUUAAAACUCCUUCUGGGUUUGUAACUGUAGUUCCCAGUGCAUCAAUACAACAGUUUUACAGAGGGAAGGAACUACAGCUGCAUGUUUGUUUCAAACAACCUCGUUUCAGCAAUUCAGCUGUUAUCAUGGUAGAUUAUGAUCUAAACUGAAACAACAAUAUAGAACUAUGGAACACACAAAAUUCUAUAUUAAACAGGUAAGAUGUCAAAUAUCUUGACAAUAAAAGGCAUCCUUUGUAAAAGAUUGGUCACAGUCUUCAGUAAAGUUUAAAGUGUAUGACACUGUGCGUGAAGGUUAGUCAGUUGUAAGCAUGCAAAUUUAACAGAUGUCAAAGACAGUUGUUAGGUUAGGAAAUACAUUAUAUGCCAUUUUCUAAACUGUUAAGUUGCUGAUGAUUGCGCUGAAACUGUUCGGUAUGAAACUUAUUGUAUUGUCAUUGUAAAGUAUUAUGCUGCUCAGCAUUUUUCAUAAACACAUUUUUAAUGGACAACUUUCUACCCCUGUAAGUGUUGUAAUUCUCUCCUGUCAGAAGAGCAUCUAAACUGCAAAUGUGCCGUGACAGCAGCUGCAUCGUCUGAAAUACUGAUGUACUGUACUUGACUGGGGAACUGAAGUGAUUACAAUGUGCUACACCAUGCUCUUAAUAUCAAGAGAAAAGUGACCAUGGCUUCAACCUUGAGAAAAAAAAAAGUACCUGUGGAUAAAAACCUUUUGAGUACCCAUGUGCUAGUCUAAGGUCAUUACUUCUUUAACAAUCCCAGUUUAUCAUGCUGAGGGAACAGGAAGCUGCUUUGUAGCUUGGAACUUGGUUUCAGCCCAUUGCAUGGCACACCAAGUGAGACUUUCAAUACAGCAACUCAAACUCUCCAAGUUUCAAGCCACUGUUCCUGAAAAAAUGGUUUCUUGUUACUUUAGCUUUAGUCUCACCUGGAGAACCACUAUUAUUAUUAUUAUUUAUUUCUUAGCAGACGCCCUUAUCCAGGACGACUUACAAUUGUUACAAGAUAUCACAUUAUUUUUUUACACAUUAUUUUUUACAUACAAUUGCCCAUUUAUACAGUUGGGUUUUUACUGGAGCAAUCUAGGUAAAGUACCUUGCUCAAGGGUACAGCAACAGUGUCCCCAACCAGGGAUUGAACCCACGACCCUACGGUCAAGAGUCCAGAGCCCUAACCACUACUCCACACUGCUGCCCUACCUAUGCAACGUCCUACUGCUGCUCUUCCUUGGUCAUUCAUG